AUGGCGAACGCCAACGACAAACAGUGGCAGAAAGAUGCGGCCGACCAGAAUUUCGAUUACAUGUUCAAACUUCUGAUCAUUGGAAAUUCUGCUGUGGGAAAGACAUCAUUUCUUUUCCGAUAUGCUGAUGAUUCGUUCACUUCAGCAUUCGUGUCAACAGUAGGAAUCGAUUUCAAAGUGAAGACGGUUUUUCGAAACGACAAGCGAGUCAAGCUGCAGAUUUGGGAUACAGGUUAGCUUAAACAUGAUUUCCUUGUCGUUUCGUUGUUUUCUUAUUUUUGGGAAAGUAUGACUAACUGACUUUUUUUUCCAGCCGGCCAAGAAAGAUACCGGACAAUAACAACUGCAUACUAUCGCGGAGCGAUGGGAUUUAUUCUGAUGUAUGACAUUACAAACGAGGAGUCGUUUCAAGCUGUUCAAGAUUGGUAAGAUUCCGUGUUCUUUAAAUGCAUUUAUUUUGUGUGAUCUUAUUAAAUAUAUUAGCAAGUAUGGUGUCCUCUGAAUAUGCAUAUUUACGGUAGAAAAUGGCAAAAAUUGGAACUUUUUGAUCGUAAACUUCGCGCGUUGUAAGCAAACCAUGUAAGCUUAAGUUUAAUUUUACGUUUCCUCAUUGAGCGUGUUACUUGGUAAUCAAUUUGAGAUAAAAAAAAAAAAAAAUCUUAAAGCUUUUCUUUACUGUAACGCUUAAUUAAAUAUCGGUGUAAUGAAGCAGGUCCUCGGCGAAACAGGAAUUUUCACGAAUGGUGAAGGUUGUUGUUCGAUCAGGUUAUUUCCUCGAAACAAUUAUAGAAAUUAUUUGAAGAAUGUAAUUCCCAUUUCAAUCUUUUCACCUCUCUGUGUUGCGUGUUGGUUUUGAUCGGAUCUUUGGAGCUUCGACACCAGAAUUUUAUUUUAUGACACGCCGGUGUAAACAUUUGUUAUGUAUGUGUAAUGUUUAUCGAAAUUGUGUUGACCCGUGAGACGUUUUCAUUUCUUGAUGUUUUCUGCAGAAGUCUGCAUGUAAAUGUGCGCUUCUCGGUUUAUGUUCGGCGUCAAUUUACAGUACAUUUGAGCUUACUUGCCGUUUCUUUAGUCGUCGGACUGAGUUUCCAUGAUGCGCAGUUAUAAGACGUAGAAGCUUAAAAACCUUAAUGUGAGAUUUUUUUAUUUCCUUAAACGUUAUUUAAGACUGUGAAAAAAUUUAGUCAGUUGCAAUAUAAUUAGUUCCGCCAUUAAUUAAAAAGAAUGCAUACGUGUCGCACUACACAUACAUUUCUAGGGCAGGUAAAAAUGCAAAAGAAUCUUGAGAUUAUUCGGGAUUUGCAUUAUGUUAUUUUUAAUGUUUCUUCAUAAAUGUUAAAAGAAUGUAGCCAUAGGUGACAGGUUCUGGCUGGCCCUUGUUUGCAAGACUGGCUCUUGGUAUGUUAAUUAAAUGCAAUGAAAAAUCAAUUUUGUGAUUACAAGACAACCAAGCCAGGCCAAUAGAUUUUUUAACCAAUACGGUGGCCAUAUAGAUCGCUUUCACUGUCACGCAACAAAAAAUAAAUUGGAAACCGUCCAUUUGUUGAAGCCAAGAAAAUGAAAUGUUCUAAAAAACUAAUAUAUCAACAAUUUGUCCAAGCGUCAGGUCUUUGUGGCCCACAAUAUUGGUGUACAGUUUUGGUGCACCAAUAUGGCCAUCUUAAAUCAACAAAAACAUCUGGAGUUCACGAUUUCUAUAAAAGGUCUCAAAUUACGUAUAACAAUUUUGAAAUAUCACUUGUGGUAUUUAUGCCAAAUAUCACUACAAAUCAUGCUAUUGCCUAUACAAUUUCUUUGAUAUCUCUUUAAAGGUCAACUCAGGUCAAGACUUACUCUUGGUCCAAUGCUCAAGUGAUACUUGUUGGCAACAAAUGUGACAUGGAGGAGGACAGAGUCGUAUCUUAUGAAAGGGGAAAGAAUCUAGCUGACCAACUUGGACUGGAAUUCUUUGAAACCAGCGCCAAGGAGAACACGAAUGUCAAGCAAGUGUUUGAACGCCUGGUAGAUAUAAUCUGUGACAAGAUGUCAGAGAGUCUAGAUUCUGAUCCUACAAUUGUUAGCGGGCAAAAGCCUGGGACAACAAAUUUAUCAGACAAGCCACCCAAGCCACAGGAUAGUGGAUGUGCUUGUUAAUACAUUUUAUUAUUAAUUAUAUUUGACCAAUAAAUCUGACUAGGCCUGAGCUAAGAUGUUUACCAUUUCAUUUUGCUUUAGAAUAGAGAUCCACUGUUGCACAGGGUUUCUACUACUUCUACUACCGCUGACUUACGAUAACUUGAACCUUCUAGGGAAAUCGAAAAAAUUCGAGUUAUGGAAAGCUCAAGUUAUUGGGACUUUAAAGAAAGUAACCUGAAAAAAGAAAAUGAGCAAAUGGGAUGGGGAAGAAAUGCAAGUAUCAUGCACACUUCACUUCAUGGGCACGACACUGUGUUUAAAUUUGACUGACAAAAGACAUAGAAUACAGGGUUGUUUUUAAGUAACUUCAAUGUUCAGAUUGCAGUAUGCUGUUUUUUUCCUUGUCACGUAGUAAAUCAUGGUUCCAGUUACCAAGAGUAAAAUUAUGUAGAAAUGAUCUGAAGGGAAACAAAAAUUACUUCAAGUUAGCAGGAGGUUCAAGUUAUUGAGGGUUAGAGUUACUGAGGGUAAAAUUACAGUGAAUGUAUGAAGGAAAUCUAGGGAAAAUCGUUUUUGGUUUCAGUUAGCGUGAGGUUCAAGUUAGUGAGGGUUCAAGUUAUUGGGAGUCAAUGGUACUUAAUUCCUUAGAGGUUCCUGGAAUUUUAAAAAUUUCUUUGUGGCCUGGAAAUACUCCUUGAAAUUUCUCUUUGUCUCAACCCACUCCCAGGAAACUUGUGGAAUUUAGAUGAAUGUGGUACGUGUAGGUAUGAAUGGAAUGCAGGUACAAAGGCUUCUAAACAUUUUUCCUAGAAAACGUUUAUAUUCUCGUUUUAGCAAAAUUUAUUAGAUGUAAAGUAGCUUGAUGGAUCUUAUGUAUCUUCAAAAGUCCUUUCAAAAGUCUCUGGAAUUUCACUUUUUGGCAGUAAUGCAAACCCCGGCUUCAGAAGUUUAGAACAAAAAAUGUUGAGAAUUUAAACCUUGCCUUUGUUUCCAUGGUUGGCAUAAUGUGCCCUCGAGGAAAUUUCACAUAAUUUCCCAUUGCUAAGUAUCGAUGUGUUUGUUGAUAAGGAGUUAAAUGUAAUAAUUAUUACAACACCGUGGUACUGUAGAGGGGGGAGUUUCACUUAAAUACAAUCAUGUGGAAAAGAUUAUGUGCUGGGUACUUCUUUCGAUUUAGAUUGGAAAUAUUGACUUUUUUAAAAUUAUUUUAUGCAAGUUUCAUGGAAGACAUCUAAACUCAGGCUAGGAUAUUCUUAUUUUAAAUUUGCAGAAUUGUUUCUGUCUCACUUUGAGUCUGUUCAUUGAGGCAAGAAGCCUAGUUCAUGCAUGCUAUCAUAGUUGUAGUCUUUCACUAUUAAUACAUGUAUAUUUUCAUUUUAACCCUUUAAGCCCUAAGGGUGUUAAAUAUCAUUGAAGUUCUCCUUGUUUAAAACAGAGUGGUCAUGAGAAUUAGGGACAUGACCACAUGCGAAAAAAAAUUAAUAAAUUGAGUCUUAAAUAACUUCGCCACACCACUGCUGUAGGAAAUGUAUAGGAACAACAAAUGAGAAUUUAAGUUGUUAGGGUUAAAGGGUUUAUUUCAUUUUACCAUUUUCUCAUGAACCAGAAAUACAUCUUUACAUAGCCUCAUCACCGUUGUAGGUCAGUGAAGUCAUGAUAAAGAUUAAGAAUGAAAAAAAAAAUAGUUAAGGAGGAGUUUGGUAGUUUGGUAAUAUUAAUCUUAAAUUAGAAUGUUGCAGUAUAAUUGCAAAUGCAUUGGGGCCAUAUAUUGAGCCAUUUGCUGUCAGAUUUUUCCUUUGCAAUAUUGUCAUCUAGCAGCCUUCUAAUGUCCCCCGUUAACUUUGCCAAAGUCAUCCUUUGAGAAAUUGAUCAAUAGUUUCUUGUUACUUGUUAAACCUUUUAUUAGUUCUGGUAACAAUUAAGGGUCAUUGGCUGUUGUCAGGGGGUGUUUACAUGACACCGGGGCGACUUUCGCCCUGGAGCGAGCUCACUCCGGUUGCCUCUCAUGGCUCUAUAUUUGUUUACAUGAUACCACCACAAAAUAUCGUGCCGGCGCGAGUCACCCCGGCGUGAGUUCACCCCGAUUCUUGUAUCGGGGCGAGAAUUUCACUCCGGUACGAAAUCUCGCAUCGUUAUCAUGUAAACACGAAAUGACCACCUGUUUCGGUGUGAAAUCGGUCGCAGGUAGACUGGAACGGAUAGCGCAUACGUAAUGUUUGCGAUUUUGAAUCACACGUGUAUUUUAUCAACAUGAAGUGUACCUUCAAAUGACGAGAUAUGAAAUGACCCAGUCAUCAUGUAAACGCGAUAUGAAAUCAAAAAGUCAUCCUGGUAUGAGACUCGCGCCGGUGCGAGUUUUCUCAUGUAAACACCCCCUCACUCUAAAAGAUGGCAAAUUGUCUGGGUAGACAAGUUGUCUAGUGUGAAAACAGGACAAACAAAGUAAUUUAAGAUAUGCAAGUUGUUUGUUGUUUUUUUUUUAUUUGAUAGAGAGGAUUCUCCCAGUUGGAUUUGUUUAAUUUUAGGCGGAUAAGUUAUCCAAAGUCUGACUUCAAUUUGAACCAGCUGAAAAAAUGGUUGAGUACUUGUCUGUUCAAAUGGUUUGUCCGUCUUUUAGUAUGAAACUUGCCAUCAUCAUGUUUGAAAAUGUAAACAAAAAUAUACACUUAGGCAUUAUUUAAACCUUGUUUCUGACUACAACUCCACAAUUAAGUUAUUAGUAUAAAAUAUAAGUUGUAUUGAAUAUUGAAUUUGUGGGUUUAAAAAGGUCUGGAGGAGUUAAAUUCAAAUCUACUCAUGUAGCAAAUAAUUUAUUUUUGUGGUUAAUUUAUUUUAACUGGUACCCUCUGAAAAAGAUUAAAGCUUUUGAGGAUUACAAUAAUUAUUAUUCAAAUAUAUUAUCCAUGUGACAGUUAUUGUAAGCAUUAUAUAUUGGACAUAAUAGUGUUGCUCGUGUAUUGUUCAGACACUAUGACAAGGUUACUGUCAGAAAUAAAUGCUGUGUUGAAUUCUUCACUCAAUUUAUGCUGGAAAUUGUUGAUAACUUAAUAUGAGCCCAGCUGUAUGAGGGCAGCUCUCUCAAGCCCCUGUUCCCCUAGUAAAGAGCAGUUUCUCCCUUAGGGGUUGGGGGGGGGGGGGCACUCAAGGGAAUUCUGGGUAGGGUGUGCCGCCAAGGCCUUCAAAGCCGACCCUGUUUAAGUCAAAAAUUGCUUAUUUCGCUGCCCGUUUAAAACUGGUGACACUUUUUUCUGACUCUGAUUUGUUUUGUUUUACAUACAGAAUUAAGGAAUUUUUCUCACCAAAAUCAUGGAAAGAGAUAAUAUUUAGGGAAAAAAAUAUUGGUAUUGCAAAUGUAGACCGCUCAUUGCAAGUCUUUACACUUUUUGAAAAGUUUCCAGUCCAAUAAGACACCCAGUUCAAGACAGUUAAUCAUGGAAUUGUAUACCCUGUCUAAGAUUCAAGACCUUGAAAACCAUACCCUGUUCAGCAGCAUAUACCCAUAUACCCAUAUAAGCUAAAAAGGGGAGUGUCCCCCCCCCUCCCUCUGGGGGUUUCUCAUGUGCAAGUAAAAUAAAUUCUUGCUUAGAGGAAUCUUAUUUAGAGAAACUGAACAUUUGAUUGGAAUCAUCAGUAGUCACUUUAGUUGGGGGGAGGGGUAGGUAUGUCACAAGUGACUUGGAAUUUUAAAAUGGCCUGCCUUUGCCAAAAAGAAAAAGAAACUUUCUGAAUUCUACCUUAUAACAGGGCCUCAUUACAUGUGGAACUGACUGAUAAAUGAAGGAUGGUAAAGUCACCAUAAAGUAAUUAUUACGCUUUUACAGGACCUUGAGUCACCUGUAAAUAACUGAACCCUUUGAUUUCCUGAAGAAAAUUGGAAGACGAAAAAGGGCUCAUGGAAGAAAACAUUCAAGAAAAACAUUUGGAAACAGGGGUCUAUUUAAUUAAAACUUUAUGAGUGUAGCUAUUGUUUUCGGACCCUAAAACAAUAACUACACUCGCAAAAAAGAUUUAUUAAAUUGACCCCAGGGUAGGUUGGGGUAGCUAGUACUCAAUGAAUGUUUGAUUGGUGUGAGCCUGUGUGUGUGAGGUAGAGUGUGGGUCGAUCACUGCUCUAUCAUAAGUCAAACAGUUCAAGUUCAGUAUAUUCUCACUCAUUCAAAAAAGUACGUAAAUACAAUAAUAAUAGGAACUAGAAAAGAAGGAAAUCAGAGCUAGUAUACAUGUUGAAGUAUUGCCAGUUGGACAAGUGUGUAGUGGCCGAAGGAGCAAAGCUAGGUGGCCAAGGGCCGGCAAAGCUUGUGGCCAAAGGAGAAAAGCUAUCAACAUGUAUUUAUGAAGAUGCAAGAAAUGCGCCUUUUCCUUUUUUAGUAAUAAACAAAGCAAACUUGACUGGACAACUGUGUUCAGCCACCUUAACUUGGUUAACCUGUGCACUGAACGCGAGAAGACUGAGAAUGAAAUAACGCAAAGACUCUUGGGAAGCUUGUUUGGCGCGAAGGACGAGCGCCAUUUUCCAAAUUUCUAACUGAUGUUGUUUUGUAAUCGCGUUCGUUUUUCGAAAUGUACAUCAAACAAGUCGUGAUAGAUGGCUUUAAAUCUUACGCUCAGCGAACUACUGUUUCCGGGUUCGAUCCACAGUUUAACGCUAUCACUGGUCUGAAUGGCAGCGGCAAAUCGAACAUACUGGACUCGAUUUGUUUCUUGCUUGGAAUUUCGAACUUGUCACAGGUUAGAAUGUGUUUAUUCUGGCUUCGGAAUAUUUCUUAUGGUUAUUCUGUUUUCUUUAGAAAAGAAUUGAGUCGUUUCGGUGCGAUUGCCCAUAUUUUAUAUGUGGUGCUAGGUCGUUAAAACUAGAAAACGCUUGCUCAUAAAUUAUUUGACUUUAUAUGCGGUGCUAGGUAAAGCGCUUAUUUCAAGUGCUUUAUCGUUUAUAUCAAAGCUCUACACAAAUGUAUAAGCUUAUGCAGCAGCAGCUUGUUGAGCGGAAUAAAGCUUAUCUCUAUUCUCACGCGUUCAACAACGAGCAGUGUGUUGAGUGGCCUAUUUCGCCCUAAUUCAACGUUCAACAAUGCAUAAUACGCUGUAUUUCAUAUUUAUAGGUGCGAGCUAGUAGCUUACAAGAGCUUGUGUACAAGGGUGGGCAGGCUGGUGUAACUAAAGCAACUGUAACUAUUACUUUUGAUAACUCGGACAAGAAACAAAGUCCACUGGGUUACGAAACUUUUGAUGAAAUCACUGUCUCUAGACAGGUGAGUAAAAGAUAACUUAGCUUUACUAUUUUUCUUUUUGUUGUUGUUUUUUUUUUUGCAAGUUAUGAAAAUAUUGGUUUACAGUCAUCUCACCAUUAGAAUAUCUCGCGAGAUGUAAUUUAACCUCGGUUAGUAUUAACAUCAAAUAAGCAGCGCCGAUAUUUAUGUUCUGGGUCCUCAACGUAUUACCAAAAGUGAGUUUUGAAUUUCCUGUCAUCUCGAUUGGCAAAUUGACCAUGGCAUUUUCAACAGGCCAAUCAUGGCACAUGCUCAAAUCCUGGUACACAUGUGAGGAUCCAGAACACGGAUUUUGUUGCUGUUUCACAGAUGGAAUCAACAAGGGUUCAGAUUUGUCUAUGGUGCAGAUUGUCUUUUAAUUUGCCACCAAAAAAAUGAUUCACUGCCAAGCAACUCUCCACCAACUGUGUAGCCUGCAUAGCUUGCAGGAUUAGCAAGUGAGUGCUGUAGUUUUUUGGCAGUGGAGCCACGUGAAGAAUGGGAGUAAGUCAAGUACCCCAGGCAUUUGAAUCAACUGCUUUUGAGAUGCAUAUAUACACUGGGGUUAUUGUCUAGAAUCUCAUCUACAUGUAAUCCUAGUUGAGUAGAAUGUGUCAUAGUGGUAAGUUGACCUCUUGAUGGCAGUUUCGUUGAUGACGUGGUGACUGGCCAGUAAGCAGGGUGCAAAGAAAGUCAGUUUUACAGCCUGCCAUUUGGGCAAGCUGUAGCUAGCAUGUACUAGCCCACAAGUCAUUUAAACUAGUCCCAAAACCCUUUUUGAUUAGCAGGACUGAUUACAGUCCUUUUGUAAUUUGAAUUUCCCCAAAAUACAGCACUUGCCCGUCGGGCAAGUUAAGAACAAAAAUCACUAGCCCGAUAGCACAAUCCACUGCAGCCCCUGGCUAUCGGACACAACUUUCUUUGCACGCUGAGUAAGUUACCUUGCAUUCAGAGAUGCUCGGAUUAUCUCUGUGUCAGAAUUCAGGGCCGUCACCAGGACUUCAAGAUGCCGGGUACAUGUAUAUGCAAUUACAUGUAUUAUGAGGAGAAUUGAACAGUUACAUGUACAUUGUACAGGGUUGUCAGAAAGUAUUGAAGUAGACGGCUGAGUUGUCAAAGUAAGCACCCAGUCCAGGGAUAUUUUAUUUAAAAAACACCAUCUGUAAAGAAAUGCCAAGCAGAGUAGCCAGUUGAUACUAACCAAGUAGGCGGUGAUUUUUGCCUGCAGCCGGCUACUUUUGACAACCCUGAUUGUAGGAGUUUCUAUUGGCUCAAUUUCCUCUUUGGUUUCCUAUGAAAUCAGCCAGGGAAAAAACUUGUGGCUCAAGUGCUGGAAUUACUUCAUGAAAAUGAUUAACUGUUUGUAUUACUAUAUUUAAUUACUGCAGGUUGUCAUCGGGGGCAGAAACAAAUAUCUUAUCAAUGGAUGCAAUGCCAACAACACCAGAGUCCAGGACCUGUUCCGUUCAGUCCAGCUUAAUGUUAACAAUCCUCAUUUUCUUAUCAUGCAGGUAGGUUCUGUUGAAAUUAAGUGAAUAAAUAAUUGUUGAUGUCAAAGGCCUCUUAACUUUAAGCAAUCUCAUCUUGUGUGUAAGAAAAGGCACAGUUGUUACUACAGCUGUUACAGGUUCUCUUAGGGCCAUGUCAAGACAGGAAAUUGAGAAUCACUUAAGUUAAAUCAAAAUUAACCUGAAAUCAAAUUUGACCUGUAACAGCUAAACUGUGGAUUGUAUUGCUAAAGGAAUUUUUUAUUUUAUCAUGAUUAUAGUCAAAAAUAAGCUUAGUGAUUAAAUGUGAAUGUCCUGGAAUCAAUACCAUGUAUGGGAUGAUGCUGUUUUGGGUUCUCUUCUCUACUCUGAGAGGUUUAUAUUGUACCUGUGAUCCAGUUUUCCCCUCUCCCGAAAAACCAGCUUCUUCAAAUUCCUUAUUUUGUAUUAGCUUUUGUAUUAAAUGAAACUAUAUGUAUUUUGAAUUUCCUUUAUUUCAUUUAUAGGGCAGAAUCACUAAAGUACUGAACAUGAAACCUCCUGAAGUAAGUUUUGCAAAAACUUUAAGACUACAGUGUUCUCCAUAAAUAAUAUUUUUGCUCAGCCGGUAAGGGACCAUUUUUAACUGGUAAGGCCAAAAAGACCUCCAGGCGGGGGGUUCAGGGUAGCUUCUCAUUUGUGAAGGCUUUUAUUUUCAAGCACUGAGGAUGUUACUCUCAGGGUGACCUUUAUGAUAUAUUAUGUAACAAUAAUUACUACUAAUUUAUUUAUUGUGUAGUUGUACAGCCACACGUACUCACAUACCAUGUCACUUCCACUCUUUUUAUUUUUUGUGUGAAAUUAAAUGUUACAAUACUUUGUAAGAAUCUUUUCGGCAGUCAUUGUCACAGUAUUUAAUUACUUAGGAAAAAAGCAAAAUGAAAUCGAAAUAACUUCCUAGCGGUUUAAUUUCCUUGCUAUUAUUUGCAUAUGCCCAGCAACUUGAAAUCUAAAUGACAUCCCUGGAUGACUGAAUAGAAAUGUCGGUCCUGUUUGUAGAUUUUGUCCAUGAUAGAAGAAGCAGCAGGAACGAGAAUGUAUGAGAGUAAAAAGCAAUCUGCUCAGCGCACCAUUGAGAAGAAAGACAGCAAGCUGCAAGAGAUUGAAACUGUAAGAUCCUCAUUUAACUUUGUGUUGCAAUACACUGCACAUUGCAUUGUGAAAUUUCUUUUCCAUAUACAAUGUACAUGCAGUUACAUGGUACUUAUAUAUGUUGUAAUAAGUGUGAUUUUGCUUACUUAAUGAAGAUUUUGAUGUUCAGUGUGGAAGUAUUGAAUGUGUACAACUCAAAUUUUUUUUUUGUUACCUUUAUAUCUGAUAUGAAAUUAACGACUCAGUCAAAUUCUUUUUUAUAUGGAUAUCAUUACAAUGAUCAAUUUUUUUCAGAUUUUGGCUGAGGAAAUAACACCAACAUUGACCAAGCUGAAAGAGGUACAUUUACUAUGUAUAAAAAGAGCUGUUAUUAUGUGCAUUUUCUUGCACAAAAUCAUUUAAUUGCCAAACACCUAAUGUUUCAGGAACUUAGUUGAUAAAAGUUGGACCUUUAUCAGUCAUAUCCAAUCAAGAGCCUGACUGCACCAUUUUCUACAAGUGUUAGAACUUGCUACUGCGUUAAUGGGCCAAUUAAAAAGGUGUCAAGAAAGCUUACUCUCCGUGAUACUCCAGGCCUUUGAAAUACCAAGCCAAAUCUGGUGCAUGGUAGCUGCAGUGUAGGUCUUUAUGUUGCUCAAGACUAUUUUCUGUGGACAGGAAUCUUUUUGUGAAGUCUGCUCUCACAAAAAUCAUUAAAAUACUGUCAAUGGACUGUUUGUCAGCCACUGGCCAUGGGUGGUAAAUACAUGAGUGACAAUCGCUUUAACAUCUGUUAAUUGUUAGCCAAUUAUCGUCAACUGACUGCUAACAGAUUUUUUUGGGAUGUGUGCAUUAACGUGUACACAUUUACUGAAUCUCCUAGUUUGAUGCAAACUGUGAUUUCCCUGUUUGUAGGAAAGAGCCUCAUAUCUUGAAUACCAGAAGGUCAUGCGGGAAGUUGAACAUCUCUCAAGACUCUACAUAGCUCACCAGUUUGUAAUGGCUGAGGUAAAACAGUGGUACUUGUACAAUGUAUCUUUAUCUUCAUCUGGAAAAACCUUUAAAGUGGUCUAGGCACUGGUAUGCUUAUUGUUGCCUUUUUUUUCUUUUAGGAUGUACAGAAAAAAUCUGUAACUGAACUUGAGGAAAUAAAGGAAAGCAUAAGGAAACUCCAGGAAAAUUACAAGGAGGUGAAGUCUGUCAAGAAUUUAAAUAGGGACUUUAAGAUUCAACAAUGCGGACGGCAACAAGAACAUCGCUUAAAAAGUGAAUGUCGGUUCCUUCAGUCUUUAUAGCGAUUAUUCCUACGCACUUACUUUGUCAAAUGUAGGCGAACCCUCCAGAAGCUGAAUUUCAAGGGACCAUAGCCAAGCUCAAAUAGAGAAAUAAAAUUUUGUUGUUGCUUGUUUAUGUCCUCCAUAAACCGCAAAAUUUGGCAUUUUCACGUCGUAGUCAUGCAAAAACAGGAAAGAAAUGUACAAAAAAGCGUGAUGCACAUGCGAAGUUGUUGUUUUGCUCAUUAAACCAAUUGUGUUUUUUACGUUCUUGUUGCUGUCUGCGUCGUUGGAUCUUAAACUCCCUAAUAUGCCUUGUGCACAGAAGUGGUUUUCUUCUAGCGUAACGUUUUUUAAAUUCAAUUUUUAAAUUAAUUCAUUUGCAUUUUGUACGGUGCUCUUGUAGAUCGAUGAGAAAGUGCUAGAACUUAAUGUUGUCAUCACCAAACUGGAAACAAAGAGAAAUGCUGUAAGUAUUUUAUGAUAGAAAAAUUAAUUCUGUAAACACCGACUUGUUUUAAUCAAAUUAUGCUCUUGUGAAAGUGCAAAUUCUUUCAAAAAUAUGUCAAUUCCUUUCUUGGCAUUUUCCUUGAUCACUAUUUUAUAAAACCAUCAAGAAAUGACUGCCUUAUCAGAUAGUUAAUAUGGUUUUUGCCACCUUUGAGUAACCAAUGGAGAGAUACAUGUAAUUUCUUAUUUAUGAACUUGUUUUUCUGUCGUCAGGAAUCAGGAGAAGUGAUUGCAAAGUUGGAGAAAAAAUUUGAUGAAGUUUCUAAGGUAACCAUUGUGUAGGCAUGUUUUUCUUAUAUUAUUAUUUUUAAAUUAUUACUGAGUUUUAAUAGGUUCAGUCAUUUUUACUCAGUUAACUCGAAGUUCCCCGCUAACUCAAACUAAAUUUCUUUUGCCUUGAACAAAAUUUCACCAAAAUUUACCCCGAUAACUCAAAUUCUGGUUCUUGUAACCCCAUUCGGAUGCUAUCUUAUUAGCUCUUUUUGUUGUAUAAUUGGUAAAAACACUAAAACUAACCCUAAAGCAAUGUGAUUUUAAGUGGUGCAACAACCAGAUCAUGUUUUAUUAUAAGAAUGCAUGAUCAUGUUACUGUUUCUAAUGAAAUAAGUAAAUUUGCAUUGUGCUAUACCCUUGAGUGCCCCUGCUAACUCGAACUGUUUUUCAUUUCCCUAAGAAAGAAACCAAUAAAGAUCAGAAACAAAGCCCUCCUUAAAGGUACAGUAAGGAGGGCUUUGUUUCUGAUCUUUAUUCGUUUCUUUCUUAGGACAUCAUUAAUUCCAAAGGCUGGCUUGAAGAGUUUUAUCUUUUUAGCAUAUACAAAAGUAAACUUUCCAGUUACAAUCAGAAUGAAAACAGCUAUCAGCAUGGAUAUUUACAGUGUAACUAGUGAAGGAAUUUGCCAUAAAAAAAUUAGUUAUUGUGGUUUCUGUCAACAGAUUGAUGUAAAAGCAAAUUCUGAUCUCAAACAUGUAAAAGACUCCCUGGCAGCAGAGAAGAAAAAGAAGAAAACACUUCUAAAAAGCUUUGAUGAUGUGAGUUUAUGGUACAUGUAUUACUGUAAUAUUAUUGGAAAUGUAUUAUUUUGUGUAUUUUACAACUCUACCAGAAGCUAAGAGCUGCCUCCCAGCUUACCUUUACCAGCUGAAAGAGAGAACACUCAAAAUUUCAUUGCUUGUACUUCAUAAAAAAGGACCAAGCAAUAACUGCAUUUAAUUUACUUCAUUGUUUUGACCCUUCCAAGGAUCAAUCUCAACUGAAAAACAAAGAAAAAGAAGUAAAGAAGCUAAGUGAUCUUCUUGUGAAGCUGGAGCAGACAAGCCAAGCAGACAGCAAUGCAGUUCAAGCAGCUCAGGAUCAUUUCCAUGCUGUGUCAGCAGGAUUAUCCAGUAAUGAGGGAGGAGAAGACAAGACACUUGCAGACCAAGUCAUGAGUAUGUUCACCUGUGCACCUGUAUUAAAUCUUAAUGAUAAACUCUAAACUAGAGCAAAAUUAAUAAAAGUAAGCUUAAAAAAACUUUUUUUUUUUGUCAAGUGACAAAAAAUAAUCCCCGCCCAACUUCUCUGUUAUGCCUUUCACCCAGGGACUGGGUAUCGACCACUCCAGAAAAUACCAUAACAUACCAUAAUGCUCUUUUGUUGACACCCCAAAAUUUUGCAUAAGCUUUGUUUUCAGUUUCUCUUGGGAGUUAAAAUGGCCCCAAGAGAAAAUGAAAACAAUGAUUAUGCAAAACUUGGGGGUGACAAUUAAACAAAGAGCAUUAUGGUAUGUUAUGGUAUUUUCUGGAGUGGUCAAUUGAAAUUUGCCAUUUGUUUAAAAAGCUUAAAUGUGUGUUUGCAUCAGUUGAAUUCCAAAAAUAAUGGCAUAGUUUUGUUACUUGAGACUAUAUUUAGGUUGUUGCAACUGUUCCCUGUUAUCUUUCCCUGUGGUUGGUAAGGAUUGACAUAGAUUGAAACUUAAAGAAGUUGGUCCAACGUUUUCAAGUUUUAAUUCUAUGCCAGCAAAAAUCACGUAACAAAUUAUUAUUCUUAGUGAUCCUUGAUGAAAUUUGUUUGACAUCUUCGCAACUCUACUGGAGCAUUUUGUGUGUGGGUAAAGUAAUGACUUCAGCAGAGAAUUCAGGGCGUGGUGAGUGAACUUCUAUGCAGUGAGGAGGGGGCUAUUCAAAUUGGUGUGAUAUGUACCUGGGAUUGAGGCUCAGUGCAGGUUUGUCAGCUAUAGCUGCAGGGUUCUGUGUGCUAUGCUGUAGAUGGCUAUUCACUGAUUUCCCAGACUCUUGUGUCAGAACAAGUAUUGCAACUUUUACACCCUCUUCUCUUGAUCCACAGCAUACAAGAAUGAAAUCAGCUCUGCCGAGACUGAAUCCAAACAGGCUCAGAUGAAGUAAGUCAGCUUUGUCCAUUUUGACAGUCCAAGACCGGAUUUCCUGUCUUCAAAAUCACAGAUUUUGGGGUGCAAAGUUUGUUUUACAGCUUGUUUUGGGGGCAAGCUGUAGCUAGCAUGUACCAGCCCAAGGGUUAAAAUUUUUGAUUAGCAGAAUUGAUUACAGUUUUUCUGUAAUUUGAAUUCCCCAAAGAAACUUCACUUGCCUGUUACACCAUAGGUAAGUUAAGAACAGAAUUUCUAGCCCAAUAGCAAAACCCACUAGCCUCAGCCCCAGACACGACUUUCUCUUCGUGCCGGAUGUCAUUGCGUUAUUAAUUGAUUGAUUGAUUGAUUACAGAUGUAGUAAAUUAUGAUGGUGUAUUUGACUAAUUGAAGGUGACUGGAAUAAAGUCUCAAGUGAUUUCCUAUAAACCACUUAAUUCUUGCUCUAAAUUGUCAGGUGUUUUUUUUAUAAAAUGAAGGGAGAAUUCAACAUUUUGUCAGAGUCACUCCCAAAGCUACACAUACAGGGUGCAAAGAAAAUCCUUUUUCAGCUUGCCAUUCGGGCAAGCUGAAGCUAGCAUUUACUAGCCCAGACUUCAUUUCAGCUAGCCCAAAAGCUUUUCGUGGAGCAGAAUUAAUUUCACACUUCUUCUGUUAUUCGAAUUCCUCAAAGAACAUCACUUGCCCGUCGGGCAAGUUAAAAACAGAUUUCACGAGCCCGAUAGCAAAAUCCACUAGUCCCGGGCUAUUGGACACUACUUUCUUUGCACGCUGACAUAGAAGAACCUGUACCCCUUCAUUGAAGACCCUAAUAUAGAAAGCAAUGCUCCUCAGGAGGGCUCUAUCACUGAUACACUACAAUAUAAUUUUGUUUUGUCAAGCGAUCAUCUUUAUACUUUCCUUCCACAACCCCACCCCCCCUUCCCCCCUUUUAGACCCAGGUGGACAGUUAGGGGAGGAAACAAAGCGCGGGACUGGGGAGAGACAGGUUUGAUGCUCACUGCAUUUUAAUCUCUUUGAAAGUCCAAUUUUUAAGGGAGAAGACUAUCGUUUUGCAGUUUAACCCAGCCAUUUUAUGUGCAGAUUUGUCCUAAUCUACAAUGUAGUUUUUCAUAUUGGAUAACUUGAACUAUUUUCUCUUUUCUCAGAUUGAAGCAUGCACAGUCAGAGUUAAAGAAAAAGCAGUCAGAGCUGAAAAACACCGAGAAAAGUUACAAGAAAGACAAGGAUGUUUAUGAUGCAAUUGAAAAGAGUAAAACUAAACUUGAGGUAAGUGAAAUGUCUGAUGACCUCUUGCUUUGUAGAUUCUUAUCAUCCUCUGUGGCUCUAUUUUUGGAGAUAUCAAUGUAACAUGAUUGAAAAACAAUUAAGAUUGUUAUAUAGCUGGAAAUUUUUCCCAACAGCGCGUGCUUUCAUUGGUUACUUUGAGUUGACAUGACAUUCUAUUAAUGAAACUGUUUCCCGCCAAAAUCUCUGAGCGAGCAACAUUGCAAAAUCUAUGAUGUCAGAGGGUAACAGUGCACUGUUUCUUAGGUCAGUUUGGCUGGCAAGUAAAAACAAUAAUACUUUUGAUAUUGCAGUAACUUAAUUUUGCCUUUUUCCAAAGGAUGAAAUGAGAAAGCUUAAUUAUGAGGAAGGAAAAGAGGAAAUGCUUACUGCAAAAAGGUGUGUGGUGACUGUUUAAUUGUUUCAUGUGUAACCUACGUGUCCCAUAACAAGUGUCUUUUAGUGAUUGCUACUAAAUCUACUGACUCCCAGAAAUUGCCAGAAAAUCACUGACUUGUGGUUGCCACAGUAUCAGUGAUUUUAUUACAUUCGACUUCCGAUAACUCGAACCUUCAAGGGAAAUCGAAAAACGUUCGAGUUAUCGGGAGUUCGAAGAAAAUAGCCGGGAGUAAGAAAAAAAAACAGUUCUUACUGCAAAGUGAAUAUUUUAAUCACGUUUAAUUGUAGAGCUUUGUAGAAAUGUCGAGCGAAAAUUAAAAGAUACUUCUAGAUUGUAAAUCAGAACGUAACGUAUCAAAACAUAGCCUAAGUGGAGCAUGCGAAUGUGAACAUUGGUGACGUUGUUUAAGUUUUUAUUUAGCUAAUGCAGUUAAUCAAGGUCAGAAAAACUUAUUUAGAGGUCGUAAGAAAUGUACUAUUUCUUGUCGUUUCAGGCGUGAGUUGGAGGCUGAAGUUUCGAAUCUGAGAGAGAAAGUGGAAACUCUUGAGGCCAAGUAUGUGCUACGACACUUUUUCUAAAUUGCCAUCCAGGAAAAAAUACGUUGAAUGGUACACAUGUAGAAUGUGAAAAUUCGGCCAUCACAUUUCAUUUUUCCAUUUACAAAGGGUGUCCUUUGCAUCUUUAUUGUCAAGUUUAGUUUGCGCUCUGAAAAUGGCUAUUCCUUUUUAUCCUUAGGUUUCCAAACCUUCAGUUUGAAUAUAACGACCCAGAGGCAAAUUUCAAUCGCAGUAAGGUCAGUUGCUGUUUAUCAGCGUAAGGUACUGGUGCUUUCUCAGUUCAGGGAGCGGUACAGUUAAAUUGUAGGAGGUGGUUUGCUGUAAUAGACUGAUUCGAGAGCUAAAGUAGACUUUGUUUUAUUUAUUUAAUUAAAAAAAGCUUUUCAUCAACAGUAAACUGUCAAACUAGUGGAGACCACCGUUUUUGAUUCCCGAAGUAGCUGCGAGAGCUUUGACUGUAUUACAAACUCGUGUGUACAUACUGGCUUGCUUAUGCAGUCGACUCCCGAUAACUCGAAUCAAAAUCGAUUUUCCUUGGAUUUCCUUCAUUCAUUACUGCUUUUUACCCUCGAUUACUCGAACCUCCCGCUAACUCGAAGUAAUUUUUGUUUUCCUUCAGAUCAGUUCUAUACAAUUUUACUCUCGAAAAUUCGAAUCAUGUUUUAGGCGCGUGAAACUUCGAAAAGAACGCAGUGAACUGCAGUCCAAAACAUUGAAUUUCUCUCAAAACGAUAGUGUUUUCUUUUUCUUUAAGAUUCUUUACUUUUUUGUCCGAGUCCAAUUCAAAUACAAUGUUUAGCGCUGUACUCACUAAUCAAAGCUUCGUUGCUCGACUUCUUUUUCAAAAUAUCACUAUAUCUCUUGCUGCCUUUGGAGAGAAGUGUACAUGAUACAUGUACUUGCAUUCCUCCCCCAUCUCAUUCAGUCCUUAGUUUUGGUUAUUUGCUUCGAACUCCUGAUAACUCAAACUGUUUUCGAUGAUUUCCCUUGAAGAUUCGAGUUAUCGGGAGUCGACUGUAAAUGUCAAUUCAAAGGGCUUGAAACAGUGUGUACGUGUAUGUCCAUUGCACAGGUCAAAGGUUUAGUGGCCCAGCUUAUUCAAGUCAAAGAUGUGUCAACUGCUACUGGACUGGAGGUUACUGCUGGUGCAAAGGUAAAUACAUUGGUAUUAAGAAUGGGAUAUCAUUAAACAAUCAAUCCCGGCUAGCAUGACAGAUUUAUCUGACUGCGCACUGAGUGUGACAUUAUUGACUUCAUGAUUCAUGAAUAUGUUUCUUACAGUUUCCGGCCCUAUAAAGGCCAUUUUAGCAAGUUUUAAUGUUUUGGUCUCUCACCUACUACGAAGAAGACUAGGGAAAACUCGGCUGUGCUAUGCGUCCAGAGGAAAAAGCGCAAAAUUAUCUUCAUUCUCCUUCAAUCGCUCCAAAACUUCGCUUGAGCUUAGACCAAAGAUUUCACUUCCUUGAAAAUGUCAAUUUAGUUCCAAACAUCAAGUCAUGACCUCAAGACGACGAGAAAUGUGGCAAAAAAAAUUGACCUUAGCCCUUCCUUGGAUUGGUUCUUCAUCGUACUGUAGCUACCGAUGGCCGUUGCUCUUGGCUUAGUGGCCACGCAUUGUUGCGCUACGCUUCGGCGAUCACGGAACAAAAGAAAUGUUGGGAGUUGUUGGCUGAAAAGUUUGACCGGUUUCAAACUUUGCGCAACAACAUGCAACAGGGUGUGCAAACGGACGCAACAUGUAACAUCCAACAAUGUUGGGAGUUGUUGGCCAACAAUGUUGCGUCCGUUUGCACGGGGCUUUAGAAUCUAAAGGGCUCUAAUUUUAUUUUCAGCUCUAUAACGUGGUGGUCGAUACAGAGGUAACUGGGAAAAAGUUGAUAAGUAAUGGCAAGCUCAAACGCCGUUAUACGUUCAUUCCAUUGAAUAAAAUAGCCUCCAGAACUCUUUCUGGCGAUGUUGUUAAAAGAGCUGAAGGUUUGGUGAGUUGUCCUUACUUUGUUACAUAGUUAUGCAGAGCUGUAAAUAAUUUUUCCUUCUUAAAAGGACAUAUGUCAUCCUUUUGAUCGGACCUAGUCAAUGAGUGAUGUAUGCAUGCAUGCAGUAGGCGUCUUCAACAAUAAUUGAGCAUUGUAAGCGCAACAUUCGUAGGUAGAUUGAUUCCUGCCAUCGACCGUAAAAUUCGGAAAAUAAGCCCCUCCAAAUAUAAGCCCCCAAACUCGUAAAGCAAAAAACCCUCCGAUAAAUCGCCUCUCCAAAUACACACCCCUAGGGGCUUGUACUCGGAAAUUGCCCUCAAAUUAAAAAUAAAACAAAGCAAAAACUGUACAGUAACACAUAAAUUUUUUCCAUUUGCAAAAGAACUAUUACGUGUGCCCAAUGAUUAAAGUCAAAAAGUGUCACAGUAUAUUGCUGUUUGUAUAGUUCACUCUUCAGUCUUAGCUUGGAUUUCCUCGGUCCACAUAGACAAGUACUUGCAAAGGCGAGUUUCAGUAAAAAAUUGUUGCAAAGUACUAACAUAAAUUCCCUUCCAACUAUAAGCUAGCCCAAUGGAUUUUGAGACGAAUAUUUCCCUCCCAGUAUGAGCCUAGGCGAUUUUGAAACGCAAAUUUCCCGCCACAUAUAAGCCCCUCCAAAAAUGUGCCCCUCAUAAAGGACCUUUGAAAAAUUUAAGCCCCGGAGCUUAUUUUUGGAAUUAUAUGGUAUCUUAUUCAAAAAAUAAAUAUCAUUUCGUUGUUUAUAAUUGCCAUGACUAAUAUCAAAGAGCGUGGAACGUGCUCUUUGCUUCAGCAACCUCCUUCUACUCCAUGACUUGAUUUUCCAAUAAGUUUAACUUUUUGUUUAAAGCUUUUUACAUUAAUUCUCAAGGCAGUAAAACUUGUUUCUUGCUAGGUUGGCAAAGAUAAUGUCUACCUCGCUCUUUCCCUUGUUGGCUAUGAUGAGGAAAUCAAGGCUGCUAUGGCUUAUGUCUUUGGUACCACCUUUGUGUGUGACAACAUGGACAACGCCAAAAAGGUUGAAAUCAAAAGCGUUUUUAAUAUUCUACCUUUGUACAGUGUAGGUCAAAAGUCUUGGAACGCUUAACUCCCUCGUCCGCGAGUAAUGUUGUAUUUCGUGUACCCUGUACACUUCAUCAUCAUCAUCAUCAUCAUCAUCAUCAUCAUCCGUCGACCACUGGAAAGGAUGGCGCAUUCAUAGAGAUCUCCUCCCAAACACCACAAUUCGCCAUCGCACACUUAACCCUGUCCUGAAAAGUUUUUGUUUUCAUGACGACGGCGACGACAACGAGAGCGUCAAAAAAGCAAUAGGUUGAAUAGGCAAAAACAACAACUCUGCACGUGCAUCACGCUUUUUUGUACAUUUCUUUAACGUCACUGCACGACUGCGACGGGAAAAUGCCUAAUUUCACGUUUUAUGAAGAACAUAACCAAGCGACGGCUAAAUAAUCUUUCUCUUUCUGAAGUUGAAUAUGUUUCUUUGGAAUUCAGCUCAAAGUAAAUGAGUUGGAGUAAUCGUAAUAGAGAUUGAAAGAACCCAAAGUCACUUUUUGAGCGACGUUUUCGUGCCCGUCGCUGUCGUGGUAUCCUAAACACCCUAUUGUUUAGAUGGGGAGGAGGGGAGGACGGUUGGAGACAUCCAUCAUUAAUCUUUCACAAGAUUCAUGGGGCCUUCCAGUUCCUUUGUGACCAAGGGACAACUCGUCAAAACCACGGCAUUUUCGUGCACAAACGUUUACAACAAGAAAGGGAGAGAUCCUGCGCGGCUAUUCUUGCCCGCUUCUGAUUGCCUAGAAAAAUGUUAUUCGUUCUUUAAGUGUAGCUUGUAGCGUUAUCUUUUGUUUCUGGUUGUAAACUUUCGCCCACGAAAAUGCCAUCGUUCCCUCUAGCUAACCGUCCGGCUGGCCUUAGGUCCCCUAGCAUGCUUACAUUUAUGUCCUGGAACGUCUGCCACAGUGAAUUGAAACCUGUUUUGAGAGGUUACGCUUGCCACAAAGCUGGUCAAGAGUUCAGUGGAUAGCUUUAUCUACUGAUAAAGCUUUUUCCAUUAGAUAUCAUAGUUGUUGAGGAUUCCUCAAUACUUAACCACUGGAUAUUGAUUUGCCGGUCCGUUUGUUUAUUUAUUAUGUUUUGCCUGAUGAUCUACCUUUUGCAAGUGUUCAGAUGUAUUUAACAAGGCUGAUUGCUGUAAGCGCUCGAUUUCGACGAUUUUACGGGGAAAAGGGGACUAUAAAUUAAAUGCACUUCUAUGGUACCCUUUUAAAAAAGGACCACGAUUUUGUAGAGGCCAAGGCUGUUAAAAAGUAGCUUAUUGGAGUCUAGGAAAAGGUGGCGGCUGUCACUUAACAGAGGCGACAGAUGUCAGUUUCAGUAAUUAAGGGAAAAGAUUUUAAGCUGCUGAACAACUUUUUUUUUCUGCUCAUUGUUGUUGUUGUUGUUGUUGUUACGCAGGUUACUUAUGACCCUAAAGUUCAGGCCAGGACAGUGACGCUGGGUGGAGACCUGUUUGAUCCCCAGGGAACCGCUACCGGGGGUAAGUGAGAGUGCCAGGUAAUUGUCACAAAGAGCGAUGACUUGAUUCAUUUAUUACGAAUCCCGUGACAUUGCUAAUAUUAUAACCGUCAGAAAAAUUGCUCUUUAAAAAUGGCAAGAUUAACAAACUUCUCAGCGAUCAAACUACCCGAAACCUACGCCGCACGAACGAUGUUGAGAACUACUGCGCAUACUUAACUAGACCGACCACUAAUCAGCACUGUUGGCGCAAUUUGAUCUGAUUUCCUAUCAAAUGCAUUUAUAUUGAAAAUGCAUUUGAGUAAAAAUGUAUUCUAAUUUGUUCUUUGCUAUACAAAAUAAAGUAAACCACUGAUAAGUUCUCGAAGCAUGCCGUACCUCACUGAUAAUUUACCUGUAUGCAUAACCGUGAAUUCCUGGGCAAAUGCCCCAAAGUUAGGAAAGUAGCGCAAGAUUUUUCACCCGGCUUCACAGCGGUCAUACGAGAAAAAUUUGCAGAAGCUAAGUAAAGUACUUCAAGCUAAGGUUGCUAAUUUCACCGUCUAACGUUUAUGAUAUUACCAAGACGCUGUUAGUUAUUUUUAAACUUUUAGAAAGCUACUGAAAAAAGUUAAAAUUGUUUCAAAAGUGAAACUGGAGUUAUCGUCGUUAUCGUUGAACCGAGUGAUAAGAUAUUUUAUAUGAAAAAAAGUUUUGUCUUUCUUGGUAUAAAUUAACCUGUAGACUCGUGUUUUUCUGUUCCAGGAGCUCGAUCAACGCAUACGUCAAUUUUGGUCAAGUUACAAGAAUUGAAUGAAGCCCAAUCUUUGCUUCAGUCAAAGAACGCUGAAUUAAAACAAGUUAUCAAAGAACUGGACUCUUGCAAGAAAGUGGCAGACAAGUAAGACGGAAGAAUUCAAAAUACGUCUAGCUGUGUGGUCUACUUAACCCUUUAAACCCUAAGAUCAAAAUUAAAAUACUCAUUUGUCGGCCCUAUUAUUUUACUAUAGGAGUAGUGGGGAGAAGUUGAUAAAACAUCAAGCAAAUACAUCUUGUGUGAUCAUGUCCUUAAUUCUCAUGACCACUCUGUUUUACAACGUAUUGAUAUUACAAGGAGAAAUUUGAUGCUGAUCACUCUUAGGGCUUAAAGGGUUAAUUGAAAAUCCUAACCCACAAAGUGGUCUCAUGAAAGAGGGCUCUUCCCUUAGCUGCCCUUUCUGUUUACCUGGAGGUUUAAAAACAAAAAUAUGACAGUACUGAAUCACACGCUGAAAGAGCCCAGCACGAAGGAAAACUAAACGCUCCAGUGAAUCACAUGAUCGAUGUAGCCAUCUACUAGGCAUGCGCAUACCAAAGUUCGCCGACCUCGGGCACUUAAGGCGCUCUUAGUUGUUUUACUCCUUUAAACUGCAUUUAAAUGCAUCAUGCAUCAAGUUGGCUUUUUAUAAAAUCUUCAUGGAUGCCCCCCACCCCCCCGCUGAGCUUCACGAGGUUCUGCGGUACACAUAUUUGUAGUUUAAAAUGUUUGAAAUCGCCCAUAUUUUUCCUGUCCCAGAUUUCGGCAAAUAAAACAACAGUAUGAUCUGAAAGUUCAUGAAGCAGAACUUGUGCAGGCUCGAUUGAAACAGAGUACUCAUCACCAUCAGCUGGAAGAGAUAGAGACAAUGCAGAAAACAGUCGGUAAGUCAUCUGAUAUCUAAGGGCCUGUUUAUAUGUUACCUCACAUACCUGGGGUCUCCCACCUCCAUGUAAACAGGCUAUAAAUCAGUUAUUUAACAAUUAUUGGAUGAGGCUGAGUUUGAUGUGAAGAAUUAUUCAGAUCAAAGAGAAUGUUGUCGGCCUCGGUGGAUAACAUUCUCCGGGAUCUGCAUUAUUCUUCACAUCAUACGAAAGCUAAAUUAAAAACAAAUUGUUUUACAUUGUAUUUUUCCUCGUAGACUUUCUUCAAAACUUUGGCCUAUUUGAAUUUUCUCGGCACGUUUUCGGAAAAUAAACAGAUGUCUUGUCUUGCAGAUACCUCUCAAAAAGCAGAUAACCUUCAUCAAACAACACGUAUUCUUGGUGGCAUUUCUUCCAUUCAGUUUUAGUCAAAAUUUCAGCUAUUCCGUCUUCGAAAGCGAAAGCCUUGAAAACCGUUUUUGUUAGUUAACUAUUCCCCAAGCAGCCUCGUUUCCAGGUCAACUUACCAUCGAUCAACCUCGUUUCCAAUCAAAUAUACCGUCGAAUCGAUGGUUAAUUGCUCACAUCUUCUAAAUAUGGUAAGUGCCAGUUGGUUAUGAAGAAUUAGUCGGGGGACUGGAGCCAAUCAGAAACGGCGAUUUUUUUUUUGGAAGAAUAAUAACUGUUACUUGCGUGGUUUUUGUGAUCGUCACUAAAAAUUACUGUGUGGAAGGUGGAGUUUGGCGGAAUUUUUUGCCAAGCAAAAUCGUGGUCACACAUGGUUUGCCGUAUUCUUUCCUCUGCCUUGUCCGAUUGCGUAAGGUGUUGUGGUGAAGUGUUGCUAUUUUUUUUGAUUGGCUGAAAAAGUCGUGCCACCUUGUCGGCCAAUCAAAUGUUAAGGUAAAACCCAAUAGUUUCUUGCGCUCAUGCUUCUUCCCGCGUUUUUUCCCCGCGCUUUGGCGUUAGCUACUUAAGGACUUUCAGCCCAAUAUACCACUCAAUGGUUUUGUAUGUUUGGUAGUUAUCAGUAAAUUUUAGUAAAUUGGGACUUCAUCCUCGCUGCAAAGUGGAGGGAUAAUCCACAGUAGAACCAGAGUCUGAAUCUUUCCUGUUUUCUUUGCAGAGGAACAACAGGAGCUGAUGACGAAAGCAAAGGAAACAAUUGCAUCCGCGACUGAGAAAUGCAAAGAUGUCGAAAUCAAAAUGAAGGUUGGUUUAUCACCAGGGGUCGUACUCAUCUUGAAAACCCUUGAAUUUUUAGAGUCUUUGAAAAUUUCCUUUAUUCAUUUUGGUCCUUGAAAGUCCUUGAAAAAACAAGUACAUUGAGGAAAUGAAAGUCAGGUAUGGACAGCCUGUGAUGCAAAAGGCUGAGGUCUAGAAUGGUUACCAGUGCCGUUGCAUCAUUCUUUCAUGCAUGUACUUUGUAGGCGAUACUAAUUGUGCUUGACGAAGAUAUUCGUAGUUUAUUUGGAACCUACAAUCGGUGACAAAAUUGUUGCCGAUGUUUCUUGUUACAGGAAGCAAAAACUCAUCGCGAGAAGGAACUGAAAAAGGCAGAGGAAGAUUUAAAUAAAGCAAAGAAAAAAGCAGAGGAAUCCACCAAAAGCAUGAAAGGGAAACAGCAGGUAGUUAAUUGAGAUUAACUAUGAAUAGCAUUCUCCUAUUAAUUCCUCUACGCAGCUUACUGUCAAAUAUUAGCGGUGUAAAAAUUGUCCCCCUUGGCUAUUGUUUGGUAUAACGAGCGAAGGCUUGCUCGUCGCGGAUUUUUAUCAUUAUAGCAAUGGUGCGUGGCUUUUGUCUGGUUUAGCGUGAGCGAAAGGGUCGUAAUCCUCUCUAACAUCACAGUCUUCUGACAAGUAGAAGAAACAAGACUAUAAACCCAGCCUCGUACCCAGGCCUGUUCGCGCUAUUCGAGUGACCAGAGGAGGCUUGGAACCGAGCGCGAUUGCGCGGCGAAUUUUCCUGACAAGCUUGACAGGUGACGUCAUAUCCUAAAUCGCCAAGAACUACUGGGAACGAGGCUGCUAUAAACCCUCUUUUAUAUCAAGGCUACCUUUAUAAGAGGAAAUAGUGCCAGUAAAGUUUGUCGUGAAUCAAGCAAAUUGUGAACUCUCAAACAGUUUGUUUUUGAUCCAUGUAUAGGAAGUAGAAGAAAUGAAACUCUUAAUGGAAGAGCUGAACAACGAGGUUUCCAACGUUGAGCAGCAGGUAAACUGAAGUUGAAAUGCGAACGAUACAUUUUACCACGAUACGAUACAGAUCGCGAUACUAGGACCAAAAUACAAUACACCACCUACCCGAACCACUCUGGGCGAGUGAACUUUUUAUACAUUUCCUUACAAAACGUGGCGAACCGUUUACGUUAGAAACAGAACGUUGGCUGAGCUAGAAGAGUGACCCGUCUAGCCGGGUCACCCUUUUCUGAUGGUAGGGUCACCCUCCUAGCUGCGGGCCAACUUUUCUCCGUGGCUCGCCAAGCCGGGUUAACCCAGUCAAGGCGAGACAAUCAGAGCACGAGCGAGCGCAAUUUAGGCAAAAAGAGCGUGCGCAAGUGCUGUUUACUUCGGCAAAGGGGUCAGUUUUUUUUUCACAUAUAAUCACUCUCUGAAGUUGACUCGACGGGAGAGUGACCUUUCUACCUGGGACAUCUCUCUUCACAUAUACGAGGCCCCAGUCGCGUGGUACAAAUUCACGUUUCCGUUUUUCCGUGAAGGUCAUUCUAAAUCCCUCUGAUGAAAGGAUUUUAUAUUGCAGAUGAAAGCUAUCGACGAAGCGCUGGAAAAAGCAGAAGAACAAGUCGCAAGAUAUACCGAGGCUGCCAAGGAAACGAAGGUACUACAGUUUGGCUUAUAAAAGUAUGUUGAUAAUGCGAUGUAUGAAUUCACAAUGUGCCUUAAAAGCAAUUUUUUAACGACCUAUAUAAGAUAACAUGACCUUUAACUGGUGUUGAAAACUGAGGCAAACGCGUGUAGCUUUGAGUGGUUUAACAAACAGAGGCAAACGCGCAGCUUUUGGUUGGUUUUAGGGAACCGACGUUAACGCGUGCUGCUUUAGUUGGUGUAAACGUAGUCGAACACAUGCGGCUUUUGGCUGCUUCAGCGAACGGAAGCAAAAUGAAACACGCGGGGCUUUUCUUAAAUGUGUGAACUUGCGUUGUGGACCGUUGGACUGACGCAGACAGCCAGCUUACAUUUAUACGCUUCCCUCGCUGUCUUGCAGAAAGCAGUUCAAGAGGCAGCUGACGAAUUGAAUAAACAAAAGGAAGCUCUGAAGGCCUGUAAUGAGGUAUGAUAUUUAAUUGCGUUUAUCUGUUUAAGGAGCUACCGGCCCAGGGGGGGGGUUACUUUAGGAAUUUUGGGGUGGGGAUGUGCCGCGGGGACCCUAGGACCCUGGAACCCUUAGCCUAUACUGGGGCUAAUUCAAGUGAAUUUUGUUACCCUAUACUAGACUUAACUCCCCAAAUCCUCCCCAAAUUCACUUGCGUUUAUCUGUUUAAGGAGCUACCGGCCGGGGGGGAGGGGUUACUUUAGGAACUUUUGGGUGGGGAUGUGCCGCUGGGACCCUAGGACCUUGACACCCUUAGCCUAUACUAGAGCUAGUUCAAGUGAAUGUUGUUACCCUAUACUAGAAUAAACUCCCCCAACCUCCCCUCAAAAACCCUCAAUCACGGUCGUUUUGUAUUGUAUAAAUAGGCGAUCAGCGAGAAGGUGACAGAGCAGCGAGAUUUGCAGAAGCAAGGUCAAGAUAUUCAACUGCAACUGAAAGAGAUGGAUCAUAAGGUGAACAAGUUUCAUAAAGACAGCAAAGACGCAGCCACCAAGGUAGGCUAUUCUCUUAACCGCAUUUCAAGUUCAAGGACUUUGCAGUGGGGUCUAAACUGGCGGGUGAAUGACAUAAAAACAGAGUCGCCAUGGUCAGGAAAAAAUUGAAACGUGUUCGAGUACCAGGAGAAAGUCAGUGUAUGUUGCAAAAGAGACUCAGAAAUUGUCAGAAAAACUCAAACAGUCGAACCUCCGCUAACGUCCACAUCUCCAUAAUGGGCACUUUUUCAAUAAUAAUAAUAAUAAUAAUAAUAAUAUUUAUAGAGGGAGCCCAACUCGCCAAGGCGGUUUUCAGUGGGCUCUCAUGCAUUAAUUUAACUAAUUAAUUAAUUUUUACUUUUGUCGGACAUUCCAUGCAUUGACUCUUGUUUAAACCUCUCUGCAACGAGCCACAUUCUUCUGUCCCCAAGGUGGCUGUUUUGGAGAGGUUCAACUGAAAUUCUUGCCAAAAACGGUGAAAAGUGUUGCCAUAUGCUUUCGUGAAGAUUAUAAAUAUGAACAUUUUGUUUCGGAAAAAUACUGUGCAGUCAGUCCAUUUUGAAACUCCACUUUCCGUAAAGAAAAAUCCGAAAUCAUUCCAAAAGAAACAUAAAAUUCCAAGUGUAAGUGACCGAAAAUGGAGAGAAGAAUAAUGAUGGUCUUUGGCUGAAGAAGAUUGGAAAUGCAAGGUCAGUGAUAAUUAUUUAGAGGUCAUUUCAAAGUCAGGGAGUCACGUUUAUUUAUUUAUUUAUUAUUUCUAUUUUUUUGAUGAGUCACAACCCUGUCAAAAAUUCUCCUGUGUCCUCAGGUUGAGCAGAUGUUGGAAAAGUACGAAUGGAUCUCGAAUGAAAGGCAGUUCUUUGGUCAACCGAACACGGCGUACGAUUUUGCUGCUAACGACAUGAAAGAGGUGUCGAGACGACUGAGCAAGCUACAGGAAACUAAGGAGAAAUUAGGGAAAAAUGUCAACAUGAGGGCAAUGAACAUGCUUGGCAAAGCUGAAGAAAAGGUAAGGCAGUCAAAAAAGCGAUGGAUAGCCUGCGUAGCUGGCGGUAUUGUGUAGUAGUCAAGUGAGAGCGGCGAAAGCCGGGAGAAAUAGAAAUACCGCCUGCCAGAGAACCAUGAUUUUUCGAAUGCCGCCUACUUUUAUCACCUCAACUUAGCGGAUCUCUUGGGCAAUAGAUGUUCAUUUCUAAGAGUUCAAAAUGGCAGGGUUUGUAAUUUGCGAUUGGUGGAUUUCGAUCCGUUUUUAUUUCAAGGUUCCUUGCUUGUGAGCGUCCUGUUUCGGGCAAUUAUCGACUUGUUUGCUGCGGUUUUUGCGAUCUGUUUUAACACGAAAUGUUGUCCUCGGCGUCACUUGUAACAAUAAAGCAAAGUCUGCCUCCUUCCCUCGACAAAAAAUACCAUCGCGAUUUCCUUCGCUACUGAGAAGUCAAGAGUUAUCCUCAGUUUUUGCUUUUGCCGAACCCUGUGGGCAAAAUUGCCAUAACAUCACGUCCAGCAAACAGCUCCUUCACAGCCGUUUCCUGCUUCCUCUUAAGAUUUAAUGCUUCUCUCUGUUCACAUUAAGACGCUCUAAAGCUUUAUCGAUACUUAAUUCAGCCGAGUCCGCCAUUUUUUCCCUUACAGUUUGUAAUCUGCUCCCUUGGGAAAUAUGCGAAGGAUCAUCUAACGUGAUUGACAUAUGUAUGGCCCUCGACCAAUCCGUUUUCUCCGCACACUGUGCGGACUAUUCAAAAUACCGGGGUUUUCUGGCAGGCAGUAUUUCAAAGACCUCGUCCCCACUCCCGUUUUUUGAAUCACGGCUCCGCCUCCAAAACUUUAAUCAAAACGACAGAAAAAAAAUGAAAACUUUAAUAAAACGACGUUUGUGACAUCUAUGUCAUAAACUUGUCAAUCUUGUUUCCUCUCGUCGAACUGAAAUUUUGUGUGCGGGCAUCCGUUUAUUGAGAAACCGAUGUUCAUAACAGAGCCCGCUUUACCAAGCGCACGGUUACUAGGCCUGGGUUCGAAAUGUAUCCUAGCAACAUGCCGCGCAUGCGCAACAAAGAUCUUCCUCGAUUCUUGCAGAGUCUUUCUCGAGCGCGCCAAAAUCGAGGACACGAAAGAAAGGCUCUGCUGCCACACCAGGAAGUCAAGCUAAGCUUCGUUAGCAUCAGAUGGGCUGUAAAGGCCCAAAAAACCUUUAGCAACUCAGCACGUUUACAUGUUUUUAUUUGAGACCAGGAAAAUACAGUUUGAUAUUUGUUUGUUUUCGGAAGGACCCUGUCUCUUAAAGCUCUUCUGAAGCAAAGGGUAUUAGAUUGGGAUCAGGUUAGGUUUCUGGAACUACCCACCUACCGAGAAGUAAGUGUUAAUGUGUUAAUGUGGGCUUAGGGGAGGGGUAGGUGGGCAGUUUCCCAGAAACCUUAAUUGGUCCGUAGAUUGUUUAUUUGUUUGAAGUACAUUGUACUUCGCUUGAUAUGUUUACCAACUCAUAGUAUUUUUUUUUCUGUAGUACAACGAUUUGAUGAAAAAGAAGCGAAUCGUCCUAAAUGACAAAGAAAAGAUCGCUUCUGUUAUCAGAGAACUUGAUGAGAAGAAAAAUGAAGCCCUGAGAAACGCUUGGAAGAAAGUUAACAAGGUCAGACUAUUCAUCAUUUAUCCAGUGUGAACACAACACCAUUUUUUUCCGCUUCCUUUCCCUGGCACUAGCUCUCGUGCACUAAGUGUGAACACAGCCUCGACACUUGUGAUAUAAUCUGACCUUGUUUUCAUUGUAUCUGUAGGAUUUUGGCUCAAUAUUCUCUACUCUUCUGUAAUUGUGAACACAGCCUCAACACAUGUGAUAUAAUCUGACCCUGUUUUCAUUGUAUCUGUAGGAUUUUGGCUCAAUAUUCUCCACUCUUCUGCCCGGAACCACAGCCAAGCUGGCUCCACCUGAAGGGCAAACAGAACUGGACGGCUUAGAGGUGAAAGUCGCCUUCGGCAACGUGUGGAAGGAGAGUCUUAGUGAACUCAGUGGCGGUCAAAGGUAAUGAGCUUUAUUUCUCUGAGGGCAAACCUCGCUAAUAAAUGUUUAAUGAUAAAAAAUAAGUUUAAAAAAAUGAAUGCAGUCAAACCUCCACUUAGGGCCAACUCUCACAACGGCCUUUUUUUCGAGGGGGGAGGGGGGGGGCAGUCCAUGCAUUGAGUCUUGUUUAGACCUCUCUACAACGGCCACUUUCUUUUGUCGCCAAGGAGACCGUUAUGGAGAGGUUCAACUGCAAAAUAAAGAAAGAAUAAGAUUUUCUUUAAAAAAAGUAUGCUUAUACUUAAUUGGUUGCUUUUAAGCCCCUUCAGUUAUAGGCCGAUCUUCCCGUUAACAAAACAAUACAUCAGAUGAUAAGCCCUCUCCCCCCGGAUUUAAGCCCCUUUCUAGCUUGUAUUACUAUGAAUUCGUUUUAUUAUGGGCCACGCACGUGUACAAAACUUCGCCGCCCGUGUGUUGACUAACACCAAGAAGUUUGAUCACAUCUCACCAGUGCUGCGUGCAUUGUGUUGGCCUUCUGUUAAGAAUCAGUUACUAGUGCGUGAUGUUACGAUGCUAUACAAAAUAGUUAAUGGCCUUGCACCACCAUAUUUAGAGUGUUACGUCAACAAAAGAUCAGCUAUCCACAGCUACAAUACUAGAUCUAGGGACAAUUUAGUCGUACCGCUUUGUAGGACAGCCACAGCACAGAGGUCCUUUAGUUACAGAGCAAUCACUGCUUGGAAUUCUCUUAUAAGUGAAGAAACAAAAAAUAGCGCAACACUCUCAGUUUUUAAGCGCGCAGUAAAGCGCGAAAUAUAUAAUAGUUCGUAGUAAAUUUUUUAGGUUUAGCAUUUUUAGAAUAGGUUAAUUUAUUUAUUUGAAUUAGUUUUUUUUUUUUUUUUUUUUUUUUUUAUCAUGAUAUUAUUGUAAUUUUUAGAAGUCGUUUUUAUUCGAUUUCCAAUUAUUGUAAAUUAAAUCGGAAGAGCCACUGGCUGGAGAUUUAAUAAAUUUACUACUACUACUACUGUAGGUCCCAACAUUGUUGGUAGUUGUUGCAUCAGUUGUACACCACUGCCAACUCAGACGCAACAUUAUUUGCCCAAUAUUUGCUCGUAGCUUAAUACUCCAGAUGUGUGAAGACUCAAUAAACAACCGAUCUCUUUCAGGUCUCUGGUAGCGCUCUCUCUCAUUCUCUCCAUGCUACUCUUUAAACCCGCUCCAUUGUACAUCCUCGAUGAAGUAGAUGCCGCCCUGGAUCUCUCCCACACACAGAACAUCGGCCAGAUGCUCAGAGCACACUUCAAGCAUUCGCAGUUCAUUGUGGUUUCCCUCAAAGACGGGAUGUUCAACAACGCUAACGUUCUUUUCAAAACAAAGUUCGUCGAUGGCGUGUCGACUGUCACCCGAUAUGCUCAGAACCAGCCUUCUCGGGAUGGUGAUGGCCCAGGGCCACUGGGACGAGCAGGGAAAAGCACUGCGAAAAAGAAGGAUGAUCGAGGCAAAAGACCGAGAAUUGAGGCUCCAUCCCAGCCCCUCACGCCAACACAAGGCUGAAGCAUGGGGAUAGAAAAUGGGUAGCCUGUGCCCUACUGCAAUUGUGAAUAGCCUCUUUUCAUUACGGCUCUGAACAAGCACUUAUUGUACAUGGUAACACUUGUCUUAUUCAGUGCACAUGCUCACUUGAACUACUUUGCGCGCUUGUAUUUUUGUUUGUUUGUUUGUUUUUUCACUUUGGUAAAGAAAAUAUAUCCCAUGAAGCCUUGGCCUUUUGGAGACACGAAAAAUAACGGUAACCGUCGGAAAAAACGACAAGAAACUGGGUUCUGCUUGCUAAUGAUGUGCUCGCUGUAGAUUUUCCGUCUGUGAUCUUCAACGCGCCGCAAAAACCGUCAGCCAUAAAAGCGACUCUUUUAUACCCUUUCAUAGCCGCUUAUGGCACUUGAGGGAGAAAGCCUUUGUUUCGGUUUGUACGCUUACAAACCAUUGAAAUUACCGAAACGCUAAUUGAUUUUGAAAGGCGUUAUUUUGAUUUUUGAGACUGUGUGAAUUAGCAAAACGCUUGUGACAUUUGAUUUGAUUUUCACCGAGGCAUUUUCGUACUCCCUUGGUGGCUGAAAAACUAUGGUUUAGUCCGGUAUUCUCUGAGAAAAUUAAUAUUAACGUACCGUUUAUCUGAAUACGUUGGGCUGAGUUUUUGUGUUGUAAGAAGUGUAUAGUUAUCUACUGUAUGAUUAUAACAAAGUAUUUUUCAUCAUUCGUUUUCCGUUCCUCAUUCAGUCGAGGGCUUGUUACUUGUAUAUAAUGGCAAGCACUUUCAUUGUUUAAACUAUGACAGCUGUCUUUGAGUAAACAAAGGGUUGCGACAGAAAGUAAUUCUCUGUUGUAAAGUACAAAACAAACUAGAAACUACAACAAACAACAUUUCCAGUCCCCUUUACUGUUGCCGUGGUAACGCGGAUGAUUGACACUCUUAUUGUGUAAACAACAUUCUUUGCAUCUUAUAUUUUAAUACAUUCAAGCUCUUUACAAGUACCAUUAAGAUACGAUAAGAACGAGUGUAUUAGAGUGAAUGCAAUAAAUAACACACUGUACAUUUUACAAUUUAUACUCUUACGAAAGGAUACUAGCGAGGCCGCGUUUUAAUUUUAUCACAUAAACCUUGUAUCAUCACCUAAACAUGAAUUUACCGUACUGAAAAUGCGCAGCUUCAUAGAUGUUCUUAAAAUUCUGCACCUUUGUUCAAAGUCUAGGAGG